AUGGCUGCCGAGUAUUCUGCUCGUCUCCAAGCUGUUCACCAGAUCAGGCCUCACUCGCCUUCUCCAGCAACUGGCACAGCACGUUCAGAUCUAGCCAAAGUCCAGCUUCGAGCUUUUUCCGCCAGAAUGGUCUCUCACUCUGUCAACAAGACCGCGCUGCACCCCGGUGGUGUCGAGCCAACCCGCGAGCACACCGAGCUCGAAGAAGAGCUCCACACGACUGCACACAUUGACUACGACCGCGUUGCCAUUGUUGCCAAUCCCUCAGUGUCUGCUCUCUACGAAGAUGCCCUGGUCUACGAAACCGGCACGGCCAUCACAUCCUCAGGAGCUUUGACAGCCUACUCGGGCUCCAAGACCGGUCGUUCCCCGCUGGAUAAGCGCGUGGUUAAGGAGGAAGGCUCGGAGAAGGAUGUGUGGUGGGGACCCGUCAACAAGCCCAUGUCUCCAGAGGUCUGGAAAAUCAACCGAGAACGUGCUGUCGACUACCUCAACACCCGGAACCGCAUCUACGUUGUCGAUGGCUUCGCUGGCUGGGAUGAACGAUACCGCAUCAGUGUCCGAGUUGUCUGCGCCCGGGCCUAUCAUGCCCUGUUCAUGCGGAACAUGCUCAUCAGACCCUCCCGGGAAGAGCUGCAACAUUUCCACCCCGACUAUGUCAUUUACAAUGCUGGGUCCUUCCCUGCCAACAGAUACACAACCGGAAUGACCAGCGCCACCAGCGUUGCCAUCAACUUCGCUGAGAAAGAGAUGGUUAUCCUCGGUACUGAAUAUGCUGGUGAGAUGAAGAAGGGUGUCUUCACCGUCCUGUUUUAUGAGAUGCCCGUCAAGCACAACGUCUUGACCCUACACUCCUCGGCCAACGAGGGUGACAAUGGCGAUGUCACUGUCUUCUUCGGCUUGUCUGGCACUGGCAAGACCACCCUCUCUGCCGAUCCCCACCGCAAGCUGAUUGGUGAUGACGAGCACUGCUGGUCCGACAAAGGUGUCUUCAACAUCGAAGGAGGUUGCUACGCCAAGUGUAUUGGUCUGUCUGCGGAGAAGGAACCAGAUAUUUUCAAUGCCAUUCGAUUCGGCUCUGUCUUGGAGAACGUCGUCUUUGACCCCGAAACUCGAGAGGUGGACUACGAUGAUGCGACCUUGACGGAGAACACUCGUUGCGCAUAUCCCAUCGAAUACAUCGGCAACGCGAAGAUUCCGUGUAUGAGCGACAACCACCCGAGCAACAUCAUUCUCCUGACUUGCGACGCUCGCGGUGUGUUACCACCCAUCUCCAAACUGAAUACCGCACAGACUAUGUUCCACUUCAUCUCUGGCUAUACGUCCAAGAUGGCCGGUACCGAAGACGGUGUGACGGAGCCUCAAGCGACUUUCUCAUCCUGCUUCGCUCAACCCUUCCUGGCUCUACACCCGAUGCGCUAUGCUAAGAUGCUUGCCGACAAGAUCUCUGAACACAAUGUCAACGCAUGGCUGCUCAACACCGGUUGGGUUGGUGCUGGUGCUACCACUGGUGGCAAGCGUUGCCCACUGAAAUACACACGCGCUAUUCUGGACGCCAUCCACUCGGGAGAACUUGCCAAGGUCGAGUAUGAGACCUACGAUGUGUUCAACCUCAGCGUCCCCAAGACAUGCCCCAACGUGCCGGAUGAGCUCUUGAACCCCAAGAAAUCGUGGACUGGCUCAGCCGACUUUGGCGAGGAAGUGACCAAGCUCGCGAAGUUGUUCAACGAGAACUUCAAGAAGUACUCGGAUGAGGCCACCGAGGAGGUCAUCAAAGCCGGCCCCACUGUGUAA